UGUAACGUGUUAUAACAGGACCGACUCUCCCAGUUCAAAUUCCAGGUAUCUGUUACCGACCGAGAGACCGAAUCGGUUUUAGUCUGUUAUGUUAUAACCGGGUGUGUGAGACAGACCCUGAGGUGAGAUCUGCACAAUGCUAGGCGCAUCACGGAUUUUGGAGAAGGGGCCCAGUUACUUAAGGAAGCAGAUGGAGCUCGAGCGCGAGGGAAAAGCGCGCGCGAGCGCAACCGAGAGGCUCGCGGCCACUAAGCCUAACUAUGUCAAGAGCCCUCAGGUGACGGAAACCGGCCCCGGUUCCCCGGGUGGCACCGGGUGCACCGACCGGUGUGCACCGGCUCCCGUUAGUGCACCGGCUCCCGUUAGACCUAAAAGUGACGAACAGGAAGAAAAUACCGUGAAGCGAAACAGCUCUAAGAAACGACCGGACUCUAUUUUACUAUACAGACAGAAGUGCGACCUGCAGAGAGGUUUACCGGGAGCGAACUACCGACGCAAACCGACAUUGCUCAGAUCACUGAGAGAGAGAACCAGCGCGGGCGCUCCGGUCUCAGCGGCUCAGGACAACGACAGUUCAUCAGGCUCGGAUCAAGCUCAUGUGAAGCACGAGGACAGAGAUAAAGACACCGGUGACGGCCCGGUGCCGCGGCGCGUAAACGUGGCGAGGAGAGCCGUUGAAGCAGGAGGGUCCGAGUCGGAGCGCGCGAGGAAAACGGUGUCACGUUCGCACUCCGACAUCAGCUCGCGCUUCUCCAAAAACUUUGCCGAUUUCGACACGUUUUUUAAAUACUGCGGCCUCGAGAGCGACGUCGUGGAGUCUCUGGGCAAAGAAAACUUCUCCUCGUGCUCGGAUGACCAUGCCCUUGCUUAUGCAAAGAUUCGGAGCGUAAGCGUGGCUACGUCGGACGGGGAGAUUUCACACACCAGCGGUGACAUCGAUGGGCUUCAAGAGGAAGAAGUGAAAGAGACUCGACAACAAGGUUCAUCCGUCAUAGAGCGCAACGCCCGAGUGAUCAAAUGGCUGUACAGCUGCAGAAACGCAAGUCAGUCUGGGAAAACGUUGCGAGAUCUGGAUUAGUGACCGAAUCCUGAGCACCUCGGAACUUGGUGCUAAUGCAACAGCGACGUGUUUACCGCAUGAAGAAAUCGAGACGUGUCAUAGAGUCUUCAUCUCCAUCUUAGAAGUAUUCCAAUUUUACUUUAGCGACAACGAAGCGAUUUAGCCGAUCAAAAACCUCAGUGCUAAAGCGUUAAGACGUCUUCAUGCUAACAGCAUAUAUGAGUAACAGUGCAAUCAACCAUGACCAGAUGUUUUGUAUGUCCUCAAAACUCCAAGUUGUGUCAAUUCACAAGUUUGACUGCAUUCUAAGUGAAAUUACAACCUGUAAUUCCUGCAUACAACCAGUAAAACCCACAGAAAAUAUCACUUUAGUUUGCAAUUUCGACUCAACAAAUUGGCCUCGUCUUUUUAAAUACCGGUUCCCUACCGCCAUCUUUCCUGGUUCAUAAAGUCCCAUCAAAUAAACAUUGCCGCUCACACUGUAAACAUUAUAAUGGCUUUAGCUCGGUUUAAACUGUAUACAGACACAGAACUUAGUUAAAUCGAUAACAUUGGACAAACUAGCCACUGGUUUAAGAAGGCAAUCAUCAACGUUAGCAUUAUCACUCAUUUUAGCCAUUCUAGCUUGUUGCUAAGCUACCUUCUAUCGUCCGUGGUUGUUGCUGUGUCUAAUAUCAAUCCAAAAAGAUGCCUUAAAUGCUUGACGUUCUCUAUGGUAGAACACCAACAACCACUUAGGUCUGUAACAGUAAACGGGCAGUUAAAGUAACAGAGCAAACAUAAUACACACUUUCAUACAGCUUUACAUGUUUUUUUUCCCAAACGUGGGGUGGGAAAUGACAUCAUAACAACUUGCACAUCCUGAGCAUCAUGUAAAAGUCUUUAGAACCUUCCACAUCUGUGAAUCUGCGAUUUUUAUUCACACUCUGGCUGAAAUCUAAACCACAGAUGUUUGAUAUGUUGUUAUAGAGAUAUCUGUUUUCUGACACCUUUCGUCUGUAAUUUGAAGAUCUACUCUCAUUGUAACUCACAGUUCCUUGUACGUCCAUUUUUCCCCACUGUUGUAUCUUUAAGGGACCAUGGAUUCACAAAUGUCUUAAUUUAUCACAACAGUAUUGUAGUAUUUUUACUAUAUUGAGUAAGGGUGUAACUGUACAGGAACAAUAGACUAGUAUAUAGAUCCGUGUAUAUAUUUAUAGAUGUGUGUGUGUUAGUGUAUGUGUGUUACUUCCUGUUCAUGAACAUUCGGACUUCCUUCCUGUGUGGCAAAAUUCUGAGACCAUGCUGUUUAACCUGACAGCAACCAUAGCUUGAAAUACUACUAUAUAUCAAUAGAAAAAAAAAAUCCUUAUAGAUUAUUUUCCUAUAACGUUUUAUUCCGCAGUCAUUUGUCACUUAUGCUACAGCAGCUCACAUUGUUAAUGAAUUAAUGAAUGAAAUAUCUUCGUAUAUACGUUUUCUCUUUGUAAAGCCACAUUUAAUAGUGUGGAGCGUCCACAAGACAAGCUAUUUCCUGUUAUCACUGCUAUAACAGCUAAAAAAACAUUUUUUCAAUAGCAUCAAUCUGUUGGCAUAAGAAAAUAAUUUUAAAUUUUACAUGUUACGAAGAAACCAUGAAGCACGAAGCAAAUUGUCUGUCAUGAAGACUUUUUUGUGCCACUGACUGUUACAGAAAGCACUGAAACUGGAGACUCCUUCCAUAUAGACCUUCUUCUUCUUGCUUUAUUUUUCUACUAAAAUGUUUGGUAGCUGCUAGAUGUCUUUUCAUACUAUAUAUUCUUUGAAUUUAUUGUAAUAUUAUAAUUGAUAUAUUUGUAUAUAUAUUUGUAUUGCAAGGAAAUUAGCACUUAAAUAUUUACUUCGGACACGUUUUCUGUGUGAACUGCUGCUUAGUGGGUGUUUUUUGUUUUUCGCACCACUCUAGAGUAUAAAAAUCCCAGGAAAAUCAGCCUGAAUUACUCAAACUGGCAACAAUAACCAUGCAGUGUUUAAAACCAUUUAGACAGAGUGAUGUUUCAAGUCAAGAGUCAAGAGUCAAGAAGCUUUUUAUUGUCAUUUCAACCAUAUAUAGCUGUUGCAGUACAUAGCGAAAUGAGACAACAUUUCUCCAGGAUUUUGGUGCUACAUAAAAACAAAUACAUGGCUAAGGACUUGUAAGUAGUCUUAGCCACAUAAAGUGCGACUGAGCAACCUGGUGCAAACAGUGCAGAACAAGAUAGACAAGACAGUGCAGGACAAAAGACAGUUCAGGACAAAGACAGUGCAGACAAAAAGUUACAAGAAAAAGAAAUAGAAAAAGUACAAAAAAAUACAAUACACAAGGGACAGUAAACAGAAACAGUGCCGACUGACCAGAGUAAAUACUGUAUGUAAAUACUGUGUGUGAAUACUGAAUGUUUAAACAAUAUUUCAUGCAGUAACAUCAGAAUAAAUGU